AUGCCUUCUCCAUUUGGUGCCCCACCUAAGGCGGCGUCCCUCCUGGACUUCCACCGCGUCAUGUCGCCCACUGCCGGAGUUCGUGUUUCUCCUCUUUGCUUGGGAGCGAUGAAUUUUGGCGACGCGUGGGAGGAAAUGAUGGGUAAGUGUGAUAAGAAGACGGUGUUUGAGAUCCUGGACUUCUUCCACCAGCAAGGUGGUAACUUUAUUGAUACCGCAAACAACUACCAGAAUGAGGAAUCUGAGACCUGGAUCGGCGAGUGGAUGAAGGAGCGAGGCGUACGACACGAAAUGGUCCUGGCCACCAAGUUCACCACCUGCUUCCCAGACCCAAACAACUCUCCUCGCCAACGUAUCAACUAUGCUGGUAACAGCACGAAAUCGCUCCGUGUUUCGCUUGAGGCAUCCCUCAAGAAGCUCCAGACUGAUUACAUCGAUCUGCUGUACGUGCACUGGUGGGACUUCACAACAUCCAUCCCAGAGUUGAUGCAGUCACUCAACGCCGUCGUCAACUCCGGAAAGGUCCUCUACCUUGGAAUCAGUGAUACACCUGCCUGGGUCGUCAGCAAGGCGAACGAAUACGCCCGCAACCAUGGCCUACGUGGCUUCAGUGUCUACCAAGGCCGCUGGUCCGCAGCCGAGCGCGACUUCGAGCGUGAGAUUAUCCCUAUGGCACGCGAGGAAGGUAUGGCACUCUGCCCAUGGGGUGCUCUAGGUGGCGGUAACUUCACCACUGAAGAGAAGCGCAAGAACAACGAGCAGGGCCGCAACUUUGGUCCCGCCUCAGAAAAGCACAUAGCCAUCUCUAAGAAGCUCGAAUCUGUCGCCAGCCAGAAGAAGACUCAGAUCACUAGCGUCGCACUGGCGUAUGUACGACACAAGUACCCCUUCGUAUACCCGAUUGUUGGUGGCCGUAAGAUCGACCACCUCAAGGGCAACAUUGAGGCGUUAGAAAUCGAGUUGAGUGAGGAGGAGAUUGAUGACAUUGACUCCGCUGUUCCCUUCGAUAUUGGAUUCCCUAUGUCCUUCUUGUUCGAAAUUGGUGGCGGUAAAUACAAGAGCACCAUGACCGGCUCGGACGUGGGUCUCUUGAGAUAUGCUGGAACCCUGGACAGCAUACCGGUGCAGCAGGGACCUAAGCCGCAUCCGCUGCAAGGCCACGGAGGCAACUAA